CGGUGUCCUCUGCUUCUUGCCUGAGUUUAGUAAAAUUUCAAGCAUUGUCUCUUUUACUCGGUAAGUUUUCUUGUUUGAUACACAUAUUCGCUUCUCACAUCAGAAAUUGAUAUCAAAGAUUGUUUGGAGAAAUUUUUGGAGGUGAUGGACAACGGGAAUGAUCAACAAAUCGAUGUUGGCUCGGUAGUUGAAGCAGUUUCGGCUGAUCAUUCCUUUGGUGCUCCUCUCUAUGUAGUUGAGAGUAUGUGUAUGCGCUGCGGUGAAAAUGGAACAACUAGAUUUCUAUUGACCUUAAUACCUCACUUCAGAAAGGUCUUAAUAUCUGCAUUUGAAUGUCCGCAUUGCGGAGAAAGGAAUAAUGAAGUUCAGUUUGCUGGCGAGAUUCAACCCCGAGGAUGCUCUUACCAUCUAGAGGUUUCAGCUGGUGAUGUGAAGACAUUUGACCGGCAAGUUGUAAAAUCUGAAUCAGCCACUAUUAAGAUUCCUGAACUGGAUUUUGAGAUUCCACCAGAGGCCCAAAGUGGUAGUUUAUCUACGGUGGAAGGGAUACUAUCCAGGGCUGCUGAUGAACUGAGUGCCCUUCAAGAAGAACGCAGGAAAGUGGAUCCUAAAACAGCUGAAGCAAUAGACCAAUUCUUGUCUAAACUGAGAGCUUGUGCUAAAGCAGAGACAUCAUUCACCUUCAUUUUGGAUGAUCCUGCUGGAAACAGUUUCAUUGAGAACCCACAUGCUCCAUCAUUAGAUCCCUCACUAACGAUCAAGUUCUAUGAGCGUACACCCGAACAACAAGCAACUCUUGGAUAUCUUACUAACCCAUCUCAGACUGGACAGUCAGAAAGAAGCCUGGGAACACCUUCUACUCAAACAACUGCUCUACCUCAUGGAACUAUCGGAGCAACAGCUGGUCAUCGGGCUAUUGCGCAGAGUAAUAGCACUGAUAUUUCAGAUAACUUGUUUAGAUACUCUGCGCCUGAAGAGGUGAUGACUUUCCCUUCAACUUGCGGAGCAUGUACAAAGCUGUGUGAGACACGGAUGUUCGUUACUAAAAUCCCGUAUUUUCAGGAGGUUAUCGUCAUGGCAUCUACAUGUGAUGAUUGUGGCUAUCGGAAUUCUGAGUUGAAGCCUGGUGGUGCAAUUCCUGAAAAGGGAAAGAAAAUUACGCUCUCUGUGAAGAACAUAACUGACCUUAGCCGCGAUGUUAUCAAGUCAGACACUGCAGGAGUGAAAAUCCCAGAACUUGAUUUGGAGCUAGCUGGUGGUACACUUGGUGGAAUGGUAACAACAGUGGAAGGGUUGGUCACACAGAUCAGAGAAAGCUUAGCGAGAGUCCAUGGAUUCACUUUUGGUGACAGUUUGGAGCAGAGUAAGAUUAACAAGUGGAAAGAAUUUGGAUCCAGACUAACUAAGCUUCUAAGCUUAGAACAGGAAUGGACAUUGAUUCUUGAUGACGAAUUAGCGAAUUCUUUUAUUUCACCAGUAACAGAUGAUAUCAAAGAUGAUCAUCAGCUCACAUGUAAGUUACUCAAUGUUCCUUGACUACAACCUUAAGUGGGAUCGAAGCAUAUACUAGGACCGUUGAUUUCGUAUCCGUCUCAUUAACUAAAGGUGUUCCUUGCAUGUUUCUCACGGAAGGCUUUUAUAUACAGUCGUUGUAGAUCAAGAAGAAACAACGUUAUUUGAUUUUCUGCUUACUGUAUAAUGAAAUCGACUUGAAUUAGGAGUGAAUAUGUCAAUUAGAACUGGAGUCUUGGGGUUCAAGUAACAAAUGUUGUUGUGUUUUUUAAACUACAGUUGAAGAGUACGAGAGAUCAUGGGAGCAAAACGAGGAGUUGGGUCUCAACGACAUUGAUACUUCUUCAGCUGAUGCUGCUUAUGAGUCCACAGAGCCAACUAAAUUACCUUAAACCUGAAAAAGUGUCUCUAUAAUCAGAGAAUUAUGAUCUGUAUUUGGGACAGAUUAUUAUGUUUAUGUUGUAUGGGUAUCACCGUAACAGUUUAGAGAACCUCAAAGAACCCUACCAGUACCAGCAAACUACUUUUCUUCACAUAGUCUUUAAGUAAAUAUUUUUCAUAUGUCAAUAAGAAUAGUGAUUUUAAAUAGUAAGAAAUCAACCCGGAGUUUUUGAAAGCGCAAGUCCAAUAACU